AUGGAGGCACAAGAACAAAAUAAACGUAGACGUGAUUAUUGUAUGGAACCAAACAAAAUAGCUCAAUCUAUAUUUGCUAGAAAAUAUUUAAGCUAUUUAGUUCCAGCAUUGAUGAAGAUAAAGGAAAACCCUAGUUUUGCAAAAGAAAACAACAGCGGUUAUGUUAAGUAUGAAGUGGAUAUGGCAAUGGUUUUAUCAGCACAAGGUUGUGCAUGGAGUAAUGGUCUUAAACUCAAGCUUCAAAAGGAUCAUGUUAAGGGUAAUGAGGGUAAUGAGAGUAAUGAAGAUAAUGAAGAGGAGGAAAAGAUGAAGAAUUUGAUAAAGUUGAUACCUGGUGGUGAAGAGAUUUGUGAUGAACAAGUUGUUUGUGAAGUAGAAAGUUAUAUAAGAUGUUUGGAAAUGCAGGUGAAUGUUCUUCAAUGCCUGCUUGAAGAGAUGUGUUGA